AUGCCAUCAGUUUCUUAUUUUGAGGUUAAAUUAACAAAGUUGUUCACAAUUUCGCCAUUAUUGUCUAUCUUCCAAGUUGAAGAAGCAAUGUCUCUGUUGAGAUUAAGGUACGCUCUCUCUCUUCAGUCUUCCAACUUGUUUGUUAUUCGAUUCUUCUCUCACAGUCACAACCCUGUUGCUGUUGCUGUUGCUGUUGAUGAUGCUGUUUUCUCAUUCAAUCGCAUGCUCAAUACAAACCCUACCCCUCCCAUCUUUGAAUUCGGUAAGAUACUAUCUUCCCUUGUUAAGAUCCAACAUUUUCAAACUGCUAUUUCCCUUUCUCAACAAAUGCAACUUCGACGAAUUCGAACCGACAUUGUUAAUUUAAGCAUCUUGAUUAACUGUUUCUGUCACCUUCAUCAAGUCAAUUUUGCAUUUUCUGUAUUCGCCAACAUUUUCAAGCUAGGUUUUCACCCUAAUACCAUAACAAUGAAUACACUUAUCCGAGGUCUCUGUAACAGUGGCAAGAUUAACCAAGCCCUUCACUUUCACGAUGACGUUAUAGCUAAUGGGUUUCAACUUGAUCAUGUUAGUUAUGGAACCUUGAUCGGCGGUUUAUGUAAAAUAGGAGAAACAAAAGCUGCUAUGCAGGUUCUUAACAAGAUUAAAGGGUCGUUGGUUAAGCCGGACGUGGUAAUGUACAACACAAUCAUUGAUAGUUUGGGAAAGGAUAAACUUGUGAAUGAUGCCUUUAAUUUAUAUUCUGAAAUGAUUGUCAAAGGAAUUUCUCCUGAUGUUAUUAUUUAUACUACUUUAGUAAACAACCUUUGCAUUGUCGGUCACUUGAAAGAAGCAAUUGCUUUGUUAAAUGAAAUGUUGUUGAAAAGUAUCAUGCCGAAUGUUUGUACUUUUAACAAACUCAUUGAUGGUUUUGGUAAAGAAGGAGAGGUGGAAAAAGGUAGAGAUGUGUUGGCUGUUAUGAUAAAACAAGGCGUGAAACCUAAUGUUAUUACUUAUAAUUCUUUGAUGGAUGGAUAUUUCUUGGUUAAAGAAGUGAACAAGGCUAAACACGUAUUCAACUCUUUUGUUCGAAGAGGAGUUGAACCUGAUAUUCGCAGCUACAAUGUCAUGAUUGAUGGAUUAUGUAAGAGUAGAAUGGUGGAUGAAGCUGUCAGUCUCUUCAAAGAAAUGCAUUUGAAAAACAUGACUCCUAAUACUAUAACAUACAAUUCGCUUAUUGAUGGACUUUGCAAAUCGGGGAGAAUUUGUGAUGUUUGGGAUCUGAUAGAUGAGAUGCAUGAUAGAGGUCAACCAUUUGACGUGUUCACCUACAAUAUCUUAUUAGAUGCUUUGUGCAAAAGCCAUAAUCUUGACAAGGCAAUAGCAUUAUUUACAAAGUUCAAACACCCGGGAAUUAAGCCAGAUGUGUACACAUACACAAUAUUAAUUGACGGUUUGUGCAAAUGUGGAAGACUUAAGGACGCACAAGAGGUUUUUAGGAUACUUAUGUCGAAUGGCUAUCAUUUAAUUGUUAUGUCGUACACUGCAAUGAUUAAUGGAUUUUGUAAAGAGGGCUUGAUUGAUGAAGCAUUGACCUUACUGUCAAAAAUGGAAGACAACGGUUGCAUUCCGAAUGUUGUAACUUAUGAAAUUAUUAUUCGUGCUUUGUUCAAAAGUGGAAAGAAUCAUAUGGCUGUGAAACUUCUCCGUGAAAUGAUUGAUAAAGGUCUAAUGUAA